AUGCCUCCUAAGGGUAAGGGUUCUUCCAGAGCUCAUGGUGCCAGAACCGCCACAGGUGUCCGAAUCGUCAAUGGCAAUAACAAAUCCUCUUCUCAUUCGUCAAACCCAUCUAAAGGGACACAGACUGCAACCCAAAGCCGUCCUUCACAAUUUCCGCAGAGGACAAAUCCAGCGCCUAUAACGAGUCCAUCGCCGAGUACACAUCCACUGUCGAGGGGAAAUCCUGAAUCGAGUACACAUCCACCGCUGAGGACAAAUCUAGAGUCGAGUACACAUCCACCGCGGUGGACACUUACACCGCCUUCGAAUCCUCAUCAACUGCCUCCUCCUCAACCGGAGCAUGUUCCGAAUGAUCAGUUUGGUUUGCCGCAACAAAACCCUAAUCAUGAAGAGGAAGAUAAUGGUGAAGAAGGAAACUAA